CUUUAUUUAGCAGUUAAGCCUAGCCGUCCAGCGCCCGCUGUGUGGCGUGAACCUGCCUCAGCUGCUGGCACUAGCUUAGUAAUGCCCCCUCACAUUACUCUACCCCAGUGACAGUCGGUAAGACGUAACCGCUCGCGGCCAUGGGGCUCCCGCAGAGCACGUUUCUGUCGGACGGUGGAACCAAUAGUGGAUAUCACGUCCACGGGAUUCAGAAGGACUCGCCUGCUCUGAGGGCUGGUCUGGAGCCCUUCUUCGACUUCAUCCUCUCCAUAGGAAACACCCGCCUCAGUAAAGAGAGUGACUUGCUGAAAGACCUGCUGAAAGCCAAUGUGGAAAAAGAGGUCAAACUUGAGGUGUACAACUCUAAAACCCAGCGGGUCAGGGAGCUGGAGGUGACACCCAGUAACAUGUGGGGGGGCCAGGGUCUGCUGGGGGCCAGUGUCCGCUACUGCAGCUUUGAAGGAGCCAAUGAGAACGUGUGGCACGUCCUUGAUAUAGAAGCGAAUUCCCCAGCGGCGUUGGCCGGCCUCAUUGCACAUGACGACUUCAUUGUGGGAGCUGACCAGGUGUUACAGGACUCAGAAAAUUUCUUUUCAUUGAUUGAAGUCAACGAGGGGAAACCUCUGAAGCUGCUGGUGUACAAUAUGCAGACCGAUCAAUGCAGGGAGGUAGUGGUGACUCCCAACGGAGCGUGGGGAGGAGAGGGAAGCUUAGGCUGUGGUAUCGGCUACGGCUAUUUGCACAGGAUCCCAACCCGUCCGGUUCAGCCUAACAACCAGAGUAAAAGUGCUCUGCAGUCCGCUGUCGCUGGCAGGAGCGAAGAGCUUGUGGGGAGUGACCAUGCUGAGGUUCAGGAGCCGCCUGUGGGUGAAUGUAGCCCUCCCAGUGUUGGUGAAUCAGGCUUGAAUCAAAUUGAGGGAGCUGCACAGGAAAUGUUUGAAAGCUCGUUCACACAGCCAGCUGUAGACCUGGAUAUUUCCAAUUUACCCGAAGCGAUGACUCAAGACUUAUCAUACAUGGUUCCCACCAAUGAUAUGGGCCAGAGCUCCGUGCUCGCUUCUUAUGGAGAUGACUCUGGUGAUCGGUCUAGCUUGGAUGCCUCAUCUGUAUUCCAAAGGCCUUUGUCUCCAGAGGAGAGUGAAUAUUCUGACUUCCAGAAAACUGAGCUGGAGCCUGCAGUCGACCCGAUCGGAGAGGAUGCAGGCGACCUUGUCGGCCCUGAAGUCGCCACCGAAAACCUUUGUGAUGCAAAAUUCCCAGAGAUGCACGAUUCUGGCUGUGAGCCCUCACUCUCAGCCAGUGUCACGGAGGAGGAGACGCCAGAGCCUGAUGCAACGGACAGUUAGGAGAACUGCUUUACCACAGCAGAGGUUACUUUGUUUUUAAGAUUAACAUGAUGCAAAAAGCUUCUACCGUUUGAAUGUAAGUCGCUUCACUGGAACAAUAUUUUAUUUUCAAGAGUUUUAUUUAUUUCCAAGUGCCAUUGAUCGCAUGCUGAAUUGCACAUUUAUGAAAGAUGCUACGCGGAGUGGGGAAACCGGUGAAUAUUUAGAACAACAUGAAUGUACUCUAUAAAAGACAUGGUGUUUGUCUCAGACCUCUCAGAAUGAAGCCUCAGUUGCUGUUAAACAUCAUCAUAGUUUGCACUAAAAAAGCCAGAAGACAAUAAUGUUCGGUUUUGUUGCUCUUACUGUUAGCAUGUACUACAUAGGACGGAGCACUGUUUAAAAAAAAAAAGCUGAAGUUUUAUGCAGAUCCAUCAUGUGGUUUUAUUAUUAUUUACAGUUUUGAAAUUUUGGGGGUUUUGUUUUUAAUUUCUCGUGGGUUGAGUUUGAGAUGGUUUAAAAAUCUCAGGCAUUUACCAUUUAAGCCUUUUAGCCUCAAAUGGUCUGGUUUUAACUGCGUUGGUUUGACUUCUGACCAGUGUAAAUGACGGAAUCCGUGCGAUGCGGCUCUCUGAUUGACUUCUGUUUCUUCUCUUUCUAUUGAUUUUAAUUAGACUACAUGUUGGAUUUGUAAAUAUUUAUAAAGAAAAUAAUAAUAAGUUGCUCAAGGUGAA